GAGUUAUGAGGGUUCUCCAAGAGUGUAAGAAUCAGGUAGGCCAUUAGAGCUGUGUGAAUUUGCUUCUUUCUUUCUUUCUUUUGCUUUCUUCCCCCUUCUGUAUGAUCCCCGCUUCUUGAGAUCCCUUUCUGUCAUCGUCUGUCUUUCAAAAUCCUAAACAAUUUAAGAUUUCUAAAAGGGUUUCCUUGUUUUUUUAUUGAUUUUCGGAAAUCUUUAUUAAAGAGUGAUCUUUUUGAAAGCCAGGUGGUUCAGAAUAGAGAUCCAGGUUUUGGUUUUUCUUUUUCUUUGAUCAGAACAACCAGGAGGUCUAUUUUUAUAUCCUUUCUGGUCGGUUUUGGUUCUUGGUUUUCUUCUUUACUUGUACUCGGAUCGGUGUGUGUAAGUUAUAUUUUCUGCUUUAAUUUUCACUGCAGUUAGUUUUUGUGUGUUAAUAUCUGUUUGGAAGCCAUGGCAGCAGCUAUAGAUGUAUACAGUAGCAGCAGUCCUGUAUUUGCAGAUCCCUUUAGUGAAGAACUCAUGCUAGCACUUCAACCUUUUAUGAAUUAUGCUUCUUCUUCUUCUUCUUCUUCUUCUUCUUCUUCUUCUUCUUCUUCUUCUUCUUCUUAUUACUCUCUUGAGUCUUGUUUCACCGCAGAGCCCAAUGUGUUUCCUGGUUCCGUUCCAAUUCCUUCCGCAAACCGAGCAUUUUCCGAUGGGUUUGCGAGUGUGGGUUUUGAACAAUCAGGUCCGAUUGGGCUGAACGGCCUUUCUCCAUCUCAUAUUCUUGAAAUCCAAACUCAAAUUGAACUCCAACAUCAACAGCAGAAAGAGGCUUUAGCUGCUCUGUCAUCAUCUUCUUCCCCUGUUUUUACUCUGUUUCAGAAUCAGCAGAAAUCCCCCCCUUUGGGAACGAAACCAGUCCCGAUGAAGCAGAAGCCGGGGAAGCUUUACCGGGGGGUGAGACAGCGGCAUUGGGGGAAAUGGGUAGCCGAAAUCCGGCUGCCGAAGAACAGAACCAGGCUCUGGCUAGGAACCUUCGACACGGCGGAAGAAGCCGCCAUGGCUCACGAUAAGGCGGCUUACAAGCUGAGAGGAGAGAAUGCGAGGCUGAAUUUCCCACACUUUCUCAGCCACGACCACGGCGUCGAAGGGUUCAAGCCGCUGCACUCCUCGGUUGUCGCAAAGCUGGAAGCCAUUUGCCAGAGCUUGACUCAUAAUAAUGACAACUCCAAGUCCCAUGAACAACAGAGGAAUUCCGAGGAGCCCUGUUUUGGCUCCGGCGCUGCCGAGAAUGCUGUGAACGUUAAAACAGAGUCCUCCGGUGUCGGAGCGGCAUCUUCGCCGGAAUCUGAGAUCACGUUCUUGGAAUGGGAGAAUAUCAUCCUGGACAAGUAUCCGUCAGCGGAGAUUGAUUGGGCAGCCCUGUGAUUCGCCGGAAUCUGCAAUUUGAUUUUAGACAUGCGCAGAUAGAGAUCAAUCAACUCAAAUCCAACUUGUAUAAUAAUAAUUACUCCGUAUAAUAAUUAUUAUUAUGAAUAAUAAUGUAGUAUUAGAGCAUGCAUGUCAUAUGUUAUAUGUAGUCUUGUAAUAUAAUGUACUUCCUUCUUGGUCAGGCUACUGUUUUUCCUAGGCAUGAUCAAAGGAAGAUUUUGUAAUUUUGCUUUUGUACCUCUUCUUCCAAAAAUUGAACGUCCAACUCUAAA